AUGACAAAGCAACAAAGCAUUGAUACCACUCCACUAGUGCCAGGCACACCACGCGCGGAUUCCGACUCAAAAGAAGGAAUCAAGCGUCUGAUUGAGCACAUGAAUACCCAUGUCAAAUGUGAAAAGACUGGCCAUCACGUGCCGACCAUGCCAACUGUAGAUGACGAGAAGUCUGCACACAUGGAGCUACAAGAAGAGAACAGAAGGAUGCGAGAAGAGAUGGAAAUGGUAACAGCAAAACUUGAAUAUGAGAUGGAAUCUCGCAAAAAUGCGCUCUACGAGAUGGAAAACUUGGCAUUGCAACUGAGGAAAACGCACUCGGAUCUGCAAAGCAUGACGAUGCUGCGUAACAGUCUCCAAGCAAGUACCAAGACCUUGCGGAGACAAAAGUGCUACAUGGUUGGGCUCUUUGAAGACUUGAAACAUCGUCAUGGAGAGUUGAAACAAGACUUUGAAUUUGUAUCUGUUCAGCACAACAGGACUCGAGCCAUGCUCGAGCGAGCACUCCAAGAACGUGAAUAUUGGGAGACAAGAUCCAUGAGGGCCAAUCCCCAACUGAACAACGAUGACCAUCCUAAUAAAAACUCGAACGAGGGACCGGAAUCACUUCUUGUUUCAUCCAACAAUAGGAACUGUGUUGCGAAUGCUGGAGAGAAGAGGAUUCGGUGCGAUUACGAAUCUGCACAUGAUCAAGCUGACAAUUCCAUUCCAAUAAAGGCAACGAAGCAGUACCGAUGUGGUAGGCAAGCAUUCGACGUCAGAGGUAUCCGAGAUCAAGGUGUCGCCUAUCCCGCCCAAGAGUACAAUCGCGCCCAGCAACAAGUCAACUUUAUUUCCAAAUAG